AUGGACAAGCUCUGUUUGAAGAGCUUGAACCGGAAACUCAGGAAAGAGUCAUGCAAAACAAUACGCGAAGACUCAAAUACAAACUAUGACAAAAUCUUUCUAGGAUAUAGGUUACCUGAGUUGGGCGACCAGAGCCCAAAGGCAAAAAGGACAUGGGAAAUUUACAACAUACUAGGUGAACAUGAGGCAAAGAUGCAACAACUUGAAGCAGAGGGCAAGUUACCAAAAAGCGACACCAAAGAAGAAGAGUAG